AUGCAAUUGGUGAUAUCAUUGGACUUCAGCGGAGAUAUCCUAACGGUCGACGUUCCAGACUCUCUAGAGCUAGACGAUUUCAAGGCGUAUCUCCAGGCGGAAACUGGAGUUGAACCCCAAGAUCAGAUCAUAAUAUUCAACAGCAAGACAUUGGUGGCAAACGCAACUUUGAAACAACUUGGGAUCAACGAUAAUGACUUGUUGACAUUAUCUAAAAAGACUCCACGGCCACAGCCGCAAACACAGACGUCCUCCUCGCAAGCACCACCACCGUCUCAGCAAAGUAGCUUCAACCCAACUGCAGGCCAAAUUAACAAUAGAAUUGAGAUGGUGAGACUACAGAUUUUAUCUGAUCCACAUACACUCGAGAAUCUAAGAUUGACCCAGCCAAGUCUUCAUAAUGCCAUCAAUGAUCCGGCCAAGUUUAGAGAAUUGAUGGAAGAGCAAGUGAGGGAGGAGCAAAGACAGUCAUCAUCGACACAAGCUGAACUCAUGAGAUUACAGCAAGAUCCAGAUAACCCUGAAAAUCAAGCAAGAAUCUUGGAACUCAUCCAGCAAGAAGCCAUUGAAGAAAAUAUGAAAUUGGCGUGGGACAUCAGCCCCGAAAGCUUUACUAGUGUCAACAUGCUCCAUAUUAAAUUGAAGAUCAACGGCGUGGAACAAGUAGCCAUGGUUGAUUCUGGUGCGGCCAUGACUGUUAUUAGCUCGGAGAUUGCUCAUGAAUGCGGUAUAUCGAGAUUAAUUGACAAGAGGUUUCAAGGCCAAGCUGUUGGUGUUGGAACUCAAAAUAUCGGGGGCAAGAUUCAUAGUGUGCCCAUUCAGAUUGAUGGCACUGGAAUUGAAUUGCCUUGUUCUUUUUACAUUGUGGACACGUCGGUGGGGAUUUUGUUUGGAUUGGAUAUGUUGAGAAGACAUCGUUGUAAAAUCGAUUUGAGUAGAGACGUGUUGGUGAUUGGCGACAACAUUGAAGCUAAAUUCUUGUCUGAGCUGGAAAUACCUAGAAAGUCGCUUGGUGGGAAUAUCUUUUCUCGAGAGUCAUAG